AUGGGCUUUCUCCGGCGACUCUUCGGCGCCAAGAAACACCCCAACCCGCCACCCUCCGACGGGUCGGCUCCCAAACCCGCCAAAGACAAGAAAUCCUGGAACUUCGUCAAGCACAGUACGAGGUACAAGUCCACCACGUUGUCCUCACUUAACAACAACUUUGACUCUUCAACAUCUUCUGCUCCUUUCUCCAACUCCUUGGACGCCAACAAGCAUGCCAUCGCCGUCGCCGCCGCCACCGCUGCCGUCGCCGAGGCCGCUCUCGCCGCCGCCCACGCCGCAGCCGAGGUCGUCAGACUGACCAGCGCAACUGGGCCUGCCUCCGGCAGACCCGCCACAGGGGCGCAUUCUCGGAGGCUGGCAGAGGAUACCGCCGCCGCCGUGAAGAUUCAGUCGGCGUUCCGAGGUUACUUGGCAAGGAGGGCUUUGAGAGCACUUAAGGCAUUGGUGAAGUUGCAAGCGUUGGUGAGAGGCCACAUUGUGAGAAAGCAAACUACAGAUAUGCUAAGACGCAUGCAGACUUUGGUGCGACUGCAGUCCCGGGCACGUGCUACACGUGGGAACUUGUCAGAUAAUAUGCAUUCUUUCAAGUCUUCACUUUCUCAUUACCCUGUCCCUGAAGAUUAUCAGCACUCACUUUGUGCCUAUAGUACAAAAUUUGAUGGAUCUGUUCUCAAGAGAUGUAGUUCCAAUGCAAAUUUUAGGGACGUUGACCUGGAGAAAACCCGGUUUGGUUCCCAUUGGUUAGACAAUUGGAUGGAAGAAAAUUCUUGGAGCCAAACUAGAGAUGGUUCAUUGAAAAAUGGGCACCUUGAUGAUGAGAAGAGUGACAAGAUUCUAGAAGUGGAUACUUGGAAGCCACACUUGAACUCACACCAUAGUAGUGGCAGCUCAUUUCAGCCAGCACAUCAUUAUUUGUCUUCUGAUUAUUACAAUGAGAAUUUUGUGGCACAUGAGUCUCCAUCAAAACAUUCUUCAAAAACUCUAUAUCCAAGUCUCUCUUCAAGGGAGUUUCAACCCCUUGGCUCUCUUAAACUUCACAAGGGAAAAGAAGAAGCACCUUUGAGAAAUGUUGAGGAUAGUCCUCAAGCAUUUUCUGCUUCCUCUAGACAUGGAAGUGGUGCAAGGAGAGGUCCAUUCACGCCAACUAAGAGUGAGUGUGCAUGGAGUGUCUUCAGUGGCUAUUCUGGUCAUCCUAAUUACAUGUCAAACACUGAAUCUUCAAGAGCCAAGGUUAGGUCACAUAGUGCACCAAGGCAAAGAAUGGAGUUUGAGAGAUAUGGUUCCACAAGAAGGUCUCUUCAGGGUUUUUGGGAUGCAGGACCUAGUUCAGAUAGGGAUUCUGAUUUUAGGAGCAAGGCCUACCCUACCACAAACAGCAGCUUGAACAGAAUUGGGAGUGCCAAUUUAAGGUGA